AGUCUUGGAUGGGCGGCCGUACGUAGGACACCUGAAGGCAACACAACAUGAACGUAAACUUUGGUGUGACAGACGACAGGAAAUGCGCGCUGCUGUAAAUACGACAUCAUAAUGACAACGGUGACUUGUUUUGUUUAAACGGCGAGUCGAGUCGCCAUGGGGACGCGGUGGUCUCGAAGCGGCAGCAGCCUGUCGCUCCUCCCGGACAGGCAGAGCUCUGGGCGGCAGGGAGAGGACAGGGACUCCGACAAUGAGUCUUUGGAUGGACUCGGUAGACGGGAGGACAUAGCCCAGUUCCCAUACGUGGAGUUCACCGGGAGGGACAGCAUAACAUGUCCGACAUGUCAAGGCACUGGACGAAUACCCUCAGAUCAAGUGAAUGCUGUUGCACUGAUCCCAUACAGCGAUCAAAGACUACAGCCCAAGAACGUAAAACUGUAUGUGGUCUUGUCAGUAGUGCUGUGCCUCCUGGCCUCUUUGCUUGUUGCCUUCUUCCUCUUCCCUCGCUCAGUGGUUGUGGUGGAUAAUGGGAUUCGCUCUGUGAUUGUUCACUUUGACCACUCCAAUAUGAGGGUCCUGAUGAAUAUGACGAGCACAUUGAACUUCAGCAACCCAAACUUCUUCUCAGUGCUGGUUCAGAGUGUGAGCUGCCAGGUCCUUUACAUGAAGACAGUCAUUGGAACUCAGCAGCUAGACAAUGUCACCAACAUCCUGCCACUCAGUGAGCGUCAGGUAAACUACACUGUCAGCGUGGAGAUUGGUAGCAGUGCCCCCUAUGUCUACGCCUUCUGCACCAUGCGCAGCAUCAAGGUCCACAACAUUGUUGUAUUUAUGCAAACAUCAGUAAAAACCUCGUACAUGGUGCGAACAUCGCAGAACAGCCUGGAGGCCUAUCGCUACAUAGACUGCGGGUCCAACACCACAUACCAUCAGAUAUCCAAGCAACUCAGGCACCUCUCCUCCACCCACUCGUCAGCCACGUCCCACAGUGCCCCUCUGCUGUGAGUAGAACAUCCCUGGAUGACAUGGACCAUUUCUCUGCAGGAGGUGGGGGAUGAUGGUGUAAACUCUAGGGUGGAUUUUGUUCUAUCUUGCAGAUAAACCCAGUAGCAAUAUAAAUACCAAAGGGUGCUUUUCUCUUAAGGUCGCUUAAGGUUAAAAGUUACUUGUGCCACUGAAUGAUGAAGCUCUUUCCUGGAAUACACAGGUGUGCCAAGGGAAUGUUGUAAAGGGUGCUUCAUGACCUUUUUUUUUUUUUUUUGCAAGGUCAGUAUUGCUUUUAAUACCUUAUCUGUCACUUCUGGAUUUGGCUAUUCCUACUUUUGGUUUUUACUUGACUUACUGCAGCUUAUGAUUUCCUGGACUCAUCAUAUGUAAAUGGAGGCAAACUGAAUGAGUCAUUACCAGCGAGCUCUCUGUGGCCCUGUUUUGGAAACCGGGCAAAUGUCAGAGAAAGCUCUUUUCUUUGGCCAACAUUCCCAGCUGACAAUGAAGCUUUAAUUAACACUGCAUAGCUCUGUCUGUGUCUGCUGCUGCUGUAACAUCAGGUCCUUCAGCAUAGCUUGGAUUGGCACUAUUAACACUAUGUUGACCAAAGGCUGCUGACUUUUCUUUUAAAAAAGAAGGGAAGGAGCCAGUCUGCUGUUUCUAUGUUGGAUUUAAAGCAAGGGAUCAUUUAGCGACUGUUUCUGCACCUUGAAACUGGUACACAUGGUUAUCCUCACAUAUUGUUUUUGCUGUGUUAUUUAACUGCUUCUGAAGCUAAAAAUGGCAUUUACACAUUUAACAUAUCACAGAUGUUUUUAAAUGAAAUGAUUACCGUAGUUAUCUCUAAGUACCCAUCAUCUCAGCAAGUCCAAGCACACUGAUUUUAAAUUCAGGGCAUAGGUCAUAGUGUCGUAGUGAGGAAUACUGUUCUCAGACUAGGUUUAUUUUUCAGUGACGCUCAUGUAUUGAUAUGACUUAAUCUCUCAUCCUGUAAUCACUCAUUAGUAUCCUGGUUAAAAAGUUCUUAUCCAUUUACACUCCUGGAUAAGCCACUGAAAGAGGAGUUUAAGGCUGUAUUAUUUUGUACACUAGUAUCUUCUCCAUCAUUGCCUUAAUAAUCCAGACGUACAACAGUAAACAUCAUGACUGAAAGUAUGAGUGUUAAAUGUACUAACAGUGUGUCUGUUAGACUGACCUUUGGCUUGUCCUUCAUCUGUGUGUUUUGCUCAACUCCUCUGUGGCUUAUCAAGACUUCUAAUGUCUCUGCAGAGUAUUUAAGUCCAUUCAGUUUAUUAUCUCAGAGCCUGCUAGCUGAUAGUUUGACUGAAACCUCAUCAUCAUCAGAUAUUCUCAAAUGAAUUCUCUUGCAGUAUCAGCUCUGUCAUAAGAUUGAUGUGACAGUGGAAACAGAGACUGAAAGCAAUUGUGUAAUGACUUUUUUUAAAGGGACAGUUGUUUGUAAUUUAUGAAUGAACAUUUUACCAGUUUUUUAAAAACAGUGUAUAUUUUGUGCUUGUUUCUAGUUUGAAAGAAGAUAUUAAAGAAAAUUAUGACUAAAUAAAGUUAAUAAUGAUCACCAGUA